CCAGAAGCAGUAAAACCUGCAAUGAUUAGUUGCAUUUUUGCAGAGAUUUAAUGUUAAUGAUGCCAGUAUUUCCAGUGCGUCACAAAAGGCAGAAAAGCUCCAGGUCAGGGCGACACAUUUCCAUUUUAGGCACUUUUUUCAUCACCUCCCCUCGUUCCCGGCCGGUCGCACGGCUUCCCAAAGCCCCGCGUCUCCUAUUGGGCCCUGUCUGUGCGCUGUCGUAAUUGCUCGGUGACAAGUGGAGAUGAAGGAAUAAUUGUCAGGAGAUAGGGGUCGUUUUUUUUUUUUUUUUUUUUAAUGGGUGCACUGCCGAUUUAAGUAUGCAUGAGCGACGCGUGAGGGACGGGGCCAAAGAGGCGCUUGUUUAUGAUGCGAGUCUGUAUAAACACAGUUGGAGUGAUGACACUGAUAAUCGCACGCUCUUCCCCCGUGACGCCCGACUCUCCGCGAAACACCCUCUCCAGCCUGCCGUCCCACACCGCUCACCUGCAGGUAUUAAGUCAUGAUGCAGGAGUCGGCCAAUGAGACAAUAAGCAACAGUUCAAUGAGUCAAAAUGGAAUGAGCAGCCUAAGCAGCCAAUUAGAUGCUGGCAGUAGAGAUGGAAGAUCAAGUGGGGAGACGAGCAGUGAAGUAAGCGCAGUCGAGCUGCUGCAUCUGCAACAACAGCAGGCCCUACAAGCAGCAAGGCAAUUACUCCUACAGCAACCAGGCAGUGGCCUGAAAUCUCCAAAGAACAACGACAAACAGCGUCCGUUGCAGGUGCCAGUGUCUGUGGCAAUGAUGAGUCCACAGGUGAUCACACCCCAACAGAUGCAGCAGAUCCUUCAACAGCAGGUCCUGUCCCCCCAACAGCUCCAAGCCCUCCUACAGCAACAACAAGCAGUCAUGCUUCAGCAGCAACACCUGCAAGAGUUUUAUAAGAAACAACAGGAGCAACUUCAUCUACAGCUUUUGCAGCAACAGCACCCAGGAAAACAAGCGAAAGAGCAACAGCAGCAGCAGCAGCAGUUGGCGGCACAGCAGCUGGUCUUUCAGCAGCAGCUCUUGCAAAUGCAGCAACUGCAGCAGCAGCAGCACCUGCUCAACAUGCAGAGGCAGGGCCUCCUCUCUCUGCCCCCCGGCCCAGGACAGCCCACCCUCCCCGGACAGACUCUGCCGCCAGCUGGUCUGAGCCCCGCCGAACUCCAGCAACUUUGGAAAGACGUCACCAGUAGCCACGCCAUGGAGGACAACGGGCUAAAACACAGCGGCCUGGACCUGAGCACCACCAACAACUCGUCCACUACCUCCACCAGCAACCCCAAAGCUUCUCCGCCCAUCACCCAUCACGGCAUCUCCAACGGCCAGUCCCCGGCCCUCAACAACCGGAGAGAGAGUUCGCUGCAUGAAGAGACCGGAGCAUCACACUCCCUCUAUGGUCACGGAGUGUGCAAGUGGCCAGGAUGUGAAAGUAUUUGUGACGACUUUGGACAGUUUUUGAAGCACCUUAACAAUGAACACGCUCUGGACGACAGGAGUACCGCCCAGUGCCGAGUACAGAUGCAGGUGGUACAACAGCUAGAGAUACAGCUUUCUAAAGAACGUGAGCGUCUUCAGGCGAUGAUGGCACACUUGCACAUGAGGCCCUCAGAGCCCAAACCAUCACCAAAACCGCUGAAUCUCGUCUCCAGCGUCACCAUGUCAAAGAACCUCCCGUCCGUCUCGCCUCCCAACUUACCUCAGACGCCCACCACGCCCACCGCUCCAGUCACGCCCCUUUCCCAGAUGCCCCAGGUGCCCAACGUACUCAGUCCCGCCAACGUGCCCAGCAUGGGCGCCAUGCGCAGACGCCACACCGACAAAUACUCCAUGACCUUGUCCUCAGAGAUCGCCCCAAACUACGAGUUUUACAAGAACGCCGACGUCAGGCCGCCGUUUACUUAUGCAACCCUCAUCAGGCAGGCUAUCAUGGAGUCAAAUGAAAUGCAGCUAACGCUCAACGAAAUCUACAGCUGGUUCACGCGGACCUUCGCCUACUUCAGACGCAACGCCGCCACCUGGAAGAACGCAGUGCGACACAACCUCAGCCUGCACAAGUGUUUCGUCCGGGUGGAGAACGUGAAGGGCGCAGUGUGGACCGUGGACGAAAUGGAAUAUCAGAAACGCAGAUCUCAAAAGAUAACAGGGAGCCCGACGCUGGUCAAGAACCUGCCAUCCAGUCUGGGUUAUGGGGCGGCUCUCAACGCCAGCUUACAGGCUGCGUUGGCGGAGACCUCUUUGCCGUUGCUGGGUAAUCCAGGCUUGAUGAAUAGCGCGUCAGGUAUGAUGGGGGCGAGUCCUCCAGGACUGUUGAGCGGCAGCCCGACCGGCCUAUUACAGGGCACCACGCAUGAAGAUCUCAACGGCACGCUAGAUCACCUGGACACUAACGGACACAGCAGUCCCGGAUACUCCCCACAGACCCACCUGCCUCCGAUUCACGUCAAGGAGGAGCCACUAAACAUGGACGACGAGGACUGUCCGAUGUCAUUGGUGACCACGGCCAAUCACAGUCCCGAGCUGGAUGAUGACCGGGAGCUGGAGGAGGGCAACCUAUCGGAGGACCUGGAAUGACUAUUUUGCCCCACCCCUUCGCCGGGGCUCUGGCUCUUUCAGGCCCCGCCCCUCAACUAAUCCACAACCACCGCAAACGCAAAAAGACUGGACGCAGCAGGCGGGAGUAUUUAUUUAGCAUGCAUCUGGAGACUGGCCCGAAGAAAAUCCAUAGCGCAGAUCUUUAGGGACCACAGAUGGACAGACACGAGACGUCUGCUUUUUAAAAACAAACACGAAAGGAAGAACAAAAGGACAAGAAUUCAUUCGAAUCGACUCGGCCACCUCACGCGACAAACACGAGGCUCACGGACCGAAAGAAAGACAGAAGCGAAAGACGGGAGCGAGUCCGUUUUGUAGAAAGCCAACGGCCACAUAUACUGCCAAAAAAAAGAAGUUUUAAGUUUGUGAAUAUCCAAGCCACAGUAGUCGUCGGUGUUAGAUGCAAUUGCUGGUUCAAUUCAAGUUGUUGCUCUGUUCUUUUUUGCACAUGAGUAGUAUCAAAACUUAGUGUCACUGCCUGUAUGUCGACAAAAUUUUAAAAAGGAAAAAAAGCUGGUUUUUUUGUUGUCGUUGCUGUUCAUUUGUUUUUGCCCCCACCAUCACUGUCGUUUCGUUCGAGUCACGUUUGUGCCGCCACCAACUGUAAAUGGCAUUCGCAUCAAUAACGCAACCGAGGUGUCAAGACUGUUGCAGCCGUCCAAAAAAAAAAAAAAAAAAAAAAAAAAAAAAAAAAAAAAACACAAA